UUCAUCAGUUUACGUUAUAAUAUUUACUUGCUAGUAUGGUGUUUCUUUUCUUUCUCAACAUAUAAUUUGAUGAUUCUUUUCAUAAAUCCGUGAAUCACAGUGUAAUAAACGGUCAAUGCAUCACAGUAAAAACGAUGCAAAAAGUGAGUAAAUAAACAGUUUACUACGCUGAAAGUUUAUUCAAAACYCUAAUUUGACACUUUUCAAGGACACUUAUUUUGAGAUUUAGGCUAAGUUUUGUGUUUGACCGUAAAGAUUGGCGCUUAGUGCUGAYUUUCGGUUCAUUUAACAAGUAAAUACUCAUUUUUGAGGCRAACAAAUUUCAAUUUUUAGCAAUAAAAUGUCUUUCGGCCGCAUUUGACGCAAAAGGUAUAAAAUCUCCUAUGGGGAGAUUGACGRCCGAUGYUUAGCCCCUUUGACACCCUAUGAUUUCCCCRUAWUAAAGACAUGGGCUACUUUACUUGCUGUCCUAGCAUCGGCUUAGAGGGUUAGAGUUUUUAAGAUAARCAYCAAAUCCCUCUUAAACUGUCGAAAUUUACACGACAAAUAUUCUUAAUACAGAUGUAUUUCCUGUUUGAUUAUAUUAAGCGCWCUGCUUUCUGGGCUAAUGWCAKUGCUUGUUCUAUGUCUAGCUCGACUCUUUCAAUAUAGCCAUAUAAAAUUGACUUUGAUUGUAUUUUAAAUCACAUUUUGCAUAAGUAUCAUGCUCCAAAACUCUCUAUAUAAACUCACAGYUACGUCACAGCGGCCAUCUUGGAGGAACUUCAACGAAAAGAUUUCUCAUUAGUAUCUAUUGUUUAUUCYUACUCCAACAUGGCCGCCGGUCUUUUAUCUUUUGAAUCUCGAAUGGAAAUAGUUGAAAAAGAUCAAUUCAACGGUCACUUAUUUAAGUACCGAAUUUCCCCCUCAUGUUUACUGUAAAUAAGACCUCUAUUAAGCACUCACUUCUAUUCUAGCGGAUGCGCUCACCUUACUGGAACUUCCCAAUUUGUAAAAGAAAAGAAAAGAAAAAAAAAACGGAAAAAAGGAGAGGAAAAAGGGAGUUCCCUUCUCUUUGUACCAUUCUAGCUUUUUCCGCUCCCAUCCCUUCUCAAAGGACUGGCACUCAGGUUAGGUUACAUGUUACGCAUGGGUCUCAAGCGACGGUGUCAUAAUCGAAAGCAAAGAGCACCGCUUUGCUGGUGCCGCUGGAAGCAUUCCGAGAAUCAAUAGAUAGGAAUAGAGCAAUUGCGUGCGAUGUGUUCAUAUCUCAAGCUGGCAUAUAUCCAAAAUUAUGGUUUCGUGUUUCAAUCAAGUGUAAUAUCAAUAUGCACUAUACAUUUAGACCGGAUUCCAUCGGCGAAAGCUUUUUCAGUUUUUUUCGAUUUAUUGCUAGAACUGAUUGACUUCGAUUUUGUCGCUAUUAUCAUGUUAUCAGAAAUAGUUGUAUGUCCAGGCGAACCUUCGAAASAAAUGUUUGUCACGUCAUCAAAACUCUCCCCUUUUGAUYGUGAGGCGUGGGGACUGUCAACUUCAAACGUAUUUCGAGCCAAUCAAAAACGGUCAGCGUCGCUGUCAACUGAAAAAGCAGUAAAAGGCUUGAUAUGAUUGGUUCAAACCUGCUAAGUAUAUAUAACAAGUGUUUUGAUUGGCGGUUGCUCUCUCGUGAAGGGAUGUAGAUUAUUUCUUAGUACACUUGGUGAUAAGUCGAGCGACUAUCCAGAGUCAGGCUACUCUAUCUGCAGUGUAAUAUUGUAUCUAGUUCGCUAUAUCGAUCCACGUCGGCGUCAGAUUGACCACAUGGAUUAUUAAUAUUCGUUCAAAGGCCUCGUAACACUAACUGGCAAUUUCCUGUUUGUCCCYUUGUCUUGGAAAGUUAAAGCUGAGACUAUAAAAGGACAUACUACGGUUAAACACAACAACUUCAAUACUGUCGAAAAGCGUCGACAAAAUCACAGGACCCAAAACAUUCUUCUUGGAACACUCAAGGAUCUUUUGGGAUUUUCACAGAUAUAAUCUUUCGUUCGUAAGGGCUUGGGCUUGGCUGUAAGGGACUAAAACUGACAACUUAUUAAUCAAAUUCGAGGUAAUCUUAGUAGGCUCUUCACAUCUAGGAUUACUCCCCACUUACAAAAGUUGGACACAACGCCGGUCUAAACAGACAUCUUCCCAGCACACAACAAUCAAAGCCGAACCGGUGGCUGUAGCCUUUUAACAUAUAAUAUCAACAGAACCACCAGUUGAUAAGCAAGGUUGGUGUCAAUACUUUUUCUAUAAAAAGAAAUCAGGUUGGCGUGAGUAUUUUUGGGUAACACCUGUCACAAGACACUGGACAGCUUUGUUUUCAUAUCUCAAGUUAUCAAAUAUCAUAACUAUAUUGGUGUUUGCGCUUGAAGAACAUACUCGUCUCCAACACAUUGUGCGCUGUUAGUUUAUGCACUUAGACUCUCAAGGACUACUUUCGUCAUAAGAGAGACAAAGUGACCUGGAUAAUUCAUGAACGCCGAAAAGCACCUGUAAUUCAAAGUGGUUAUUUGGCUAGUCAUCGACUGCUCUUAAGAACAUUAGGCUUGGAUUAUACAAUUGUUCUUUAAGGAAUAUACAUAUAGCUAGUGAAAAUUGAGUUCUGAAAUACUCCAUUGAGAGCCUCUACACUUUGAAUAGCACUUGUACUAGAAGGWUYUUUCUGGACGCGUUCGUGGUAACCCUCUGGAAACCAUCACCGAGUUAAAAGUACUGUGUUAAUUUGGUUAUAUGAUUCCGCAAACCAAAGGAGAUUACUGUUAAAGUUGAUUCAUAAACUCAUCGCGAUGACGGGUAAUCUGACUGCUAAGAACACAAACGAAAAAACAUACAACGACGAUUCGGCCGUGUUUUCCACUGUUAUGCUGAUUUUAAUAAUGGCUUUUGGCAUAUUUGGGAACAGUAUGGUAAUCGCCUCGUUUGUAAAGUUCCGUCGUUUGAGAACCGUCACAAACUAUUUUCUCAUUUCCCUGGCGGUCGCUGAUCUCAUGCUAGCAUCUCUUUCCAUUCCAUUCUGGUUAACAAUUCGGUUGGGAAACUCUCAAAUGGUAGCAAAAGCCAGGUUUUCUUUGACGGUAGUUUAUCUGUCGUGGCAGUUUAUUGAUAUUCUCUGUAGCACUGCUUCAAUAAUGAAUCUAUGUGUAAUUGCUAUUGACAGACAUCUUGCGAUAGUUUCACCACUGCAUUACAGCGCUCAAAUGACUCCAAAGCGCGCCAACUCAUCCAUCGCGGCUGGCUGGAUAUACGCGGUCGUCUGCGCGGGAUUGUCCUUGGUUUCAACGAAAAAAGACUACCAACCUUUGGCAGGAAGAGUUUACGCKGGGUUUAUCUCAUUAGCAGCAUUCAUGAUUCCGCUCAUGAUAAUAUUGUAUUACUAUGGAAAGAUUUUCACYGUUGCUUUAAGRCAAGUUAGGAAAUUAAACGCCGAAGGAAUGCCAUUUGUWUAUGGAACUGAACGGGAGCGAAGAACUCUUAUUCAAAGAGAAUUAAAAAUUGCUAAAACACUAGCGCUGGUCGUUGGGACUUUCAUAGUUUGUUGGUCUCCGUUCUUUUUGGUAAUGUUGAGUUAUUCAAUAUGUGGAGUUCGUUGUAUCAGCCCAACUAAUGAAUUCAUCGCGACAAGUAAAUGGAUGCACUACUCGUCCACCACAGCCAACCCAAUCAUAUACACACUCUUUACUAAAUCAUUCAGACAAUCCUUUAAAACAAUGUUAUGUUGUCCAGCAUAUAAAACUUGYAAUGUAAAGCCAUGCGCAAAUCAUCUCAAGAAGACAAACUACAACAAAACGACGGARAAAGARCAGUUCAUUCUAAGAAGUUUUUACAAAAAGACAAGUCAGGGCGAGCUGGUAACUCAGACUUGUACUGUAGAGAUUUGUAAAAAAAAUYCCCCCUCCCCUCCACGGGGAUAAUUACUAAUGGCUUUAUUAAGGUAACAUUGCCCUGUGGCAAGUCCACACUCUCGAGAGUUAAACCAUAUUUAAUAAGUGAGUUGGGAGGAGGUAAAAGCAGAAAAACGUAAAUAAAAUUGCCUAUUAAGUUCAA